GUGACAGAGGCACAGAGCAAAAGCCAAACUGGCAGCCAGCACAGCAGAGCGCCACUCGACUCGACUCAUCCUUUCGGUUCCCCUCCCCCCUCCGCGUUCCACAACCCUCGAGAAGCUUCCACCCUCCCCUCCUGCGACGCCGCCAGAGCCGCGGAAACCCUACCCACCCCGGCCGCUCACGCACCGGGCGCCCGCCGCCGCCGGUCGCGUACCUGCCGCCGACACCGCCCAAAGCGAUUGGAUCUAGAGAUCGUCAGUAGCCACGAUGGAGGACUGGGAUUCUGAAGAAUUCCAGCCAGUUGUGCCUGUUGUGAAAGCCGAGCCACUUAAAAAUCAGUGGGCUGAUGAAGAUGUUGAAGAAGAUGAUGUAAAAGAAUCAUGGGAAGAAGAGGAGGAGGAGGAGAAACCUAAGCCAGCGCCAGUGGAAAAGGUCGCUGCAAAACCUAGCACUAAGGCUCCUGCUAAAAAGGGAAAACAGCAAGCAUUGACAAGUGCUGAAGAACCAGAUGAGCCUCCUCUUAGUCCCACUUCACAGAAAAUUCGCCAACAAAGACUUGUGGAAGAAGCUGACUUCAAGUCUACCACCGAGCUUUUUGCAAAGAAGGGCAGUGAGCAAAAGUCACUAGAUACUUUUAUUCCAAAGUCCGAGAGUGACUUUGCGGAAUACGCGGAGCUUAUUGCAAACAAACUACGCCCCUAUGAGAAAAGCUUUCACUACAUGGCUCUGCUUAAGAAUGUCAUGAGACUUUCCAUGACAUCGUUGAAAGGUGCGGACGCCAAAGAUAUAUCUUCUUCCGUGACGGCAAUUGCUAACGAGAAGAUCAAGGCUGAGAAGGAGGCUGCAGCAGGCAAAAAGAAACAAGGAGCGAAAAAGAAGCAACUCCACAUCGAGAAAGGAGACGACGACUUCAUCCCCGGCCGGGGUGGUGGCUACGAUGACCCCGAUGAGUACGACUUCAUGUGAUCUGGCUGGGAGGGAUAGUAGGUUUCUGUUAUGUAUACCUUUGGCGGGCAGAGAAUAUAUCACUAGAGUUUGCGGCAUACUAUUGCAUGGAACAUGCGUUAUCUAUUCGAGAAUGAUUUUUGACUCUGCAGGAUAAGAAGAGCACUUGUGAUCUGGAUGCAUGGGUGUUUUCUUAUUUAUCCUUGAAUCUUUGUGUUAUUUUUUUUUCAACAUUGCAUUUUUUGCCAAAUGUACUAUAGUACCUUGUACUAUCUGGUUACUCCGUGAGUCAUGAAAGCAAUUAAA